UGUGUCAAAUAAUCGACUUUGUGUUGACGUUUUUGUUGCUGUAAAAUAUAAAUUUCCUAAUUCCCUCUCGUAUUGAUAAUCGUUAUUUUGUGCUAGCAUUAUUAAUUAUCUUUUAAAAAAGUUGAUAAUCGUUAAAUUUUGUAAUUACGUAAAGGUAGAAAUAGUAUAUAACCUCAAAUAUGGAUGAAAGCGGCUCGUCGACCGAGGCGCCACAACAAGAGGAACGGAGUGAAUUUAAGAAGCCAAUACUCUUCGGUCGUAUAGGCAAGCUCCCGAGGAAAGUCAAGAGUGAAGCUGAUAGACCUCCGGAGCCGAAAAGCGUUGAAAACGACGACUCAUCAAACUCGAAAAAUUCUUUGCCUCCUGCAGUAUUAUUGAAGGAGUUAUCUACUCCUGUACCCUAUAAAGAACCCAAAUGGUCAGGGGUCUGUCCGGAGGGAUCAGGAUAUGCCUUAGAAGUAUUGAAGUCUGGAAUGAUAGUGGAGAAAGUUGAGUUAUCAAAGAAGCCCUACUAUGUGUUUGGGAGACUCGCCAACUGCGAUGUGGUCAUGGGCCAUCCUACUGUCUCUAGGCACCACGCAGUCCUCCAAUACAAAGCCUUCGCCGAGGACUCGGAACCCGCCUGUGGCUGGUACCUGUACGACCUGGGCAGCACCCAUGGGACGUACCUCAACAAGGAGAAACUCAAGCCAGCUCACUACACCAGGGUGCGAGUGGGACAUCAACUCAAGUUCGGAACCAGUACCCGGACUUAUAUUAUGAUGGGCCCCGAUUUCGACUGCGAAGGCGAAUCAGACUUGACGGUGACAGAAAUAAAGAAGAAGGCAGAGGAACUGAAGUUGGACAGAGAAAGAAUGAUGCGGGAGGCCGCGCAGCAGAGAGAGAUAGAUAGACUCGAGGAGGAGAGGAAGAGAGAGGAACAGGGCAUCGAUUGGGGAAUGGGCGAGGACGCGGAAGAAGAGCCGGACUUAGCUGAAAACCCAUACGCCAACACCGGCAACGAAGAGUUAUAUUUGGAGGACCCCAAGAAGACCCUACGAGGGUACUACGAGCGGGAGGGACACGAGCUGAGCUACCAUUGCGAGGAGAGGGGCCCAGGACAGUUCCUAUGCAGAGUAGAGCUCCCGAUAGACGACGCGCGAGGCAACCCGGUCAAGGCCGAGGUGCUGCAUCGAGGCAAGAAGAAGGAAGCCGUGGUGGCCUGCGCGCUGGAGGCCUGUAGGGUGUUGGACAGAGCUGGUCUGCUGAGGCAGGCUAAACAUGAGUCGAGGAGGCGCAAGGAGCGCGACUGGAGCGCAGACGACUAUUACGACUCGGAUGAGGACACGUUCCUCGACCGCACGGGCAGCGUCGAGCGGAAGCGGAAGUUACGCAUGCAGAGGCACGGAGCCGCUGAGAAGGAGGUGGAUAGCGACAAGCCGCUCACCUAUGAUGAUUUGCUAAAACAAAUAUCAGAAAUAGAAGAGAAGAUAGCAUCAGAGGAGAGGACUCUAGAACAACUGCGAUCAGCCAACAAGCCGGUGGAAACGAGUGAGAGUGAGACAGACGCACUGGACGCCUUUAUGACGUCAUUAGGGAAACAGGGACAGAGCAUGGCGCAGAAGGCGGAGAUAUCAAAGACUAAGAUGACGAUACAGAAGUUAAAGACAGAUCUAUCGAAGACCCAGCGGCUAGCGGAGCUGGCGCGGCCGGCGCACCUGCCGCCGCUGCUCAAGAAGGAGGACUCCAAGCUGGCCGUCAGGCAGGCCGCCAACUCUAUCGUCUACGGGAAGAGAAUACGAUUAAAAGAAGACACAGAAAAACUAAAGAAAGUAAGAAAAGAAACAAAGCAAGACGAUUCAGAGUUCGUCGAAGAAAUGGACUCUGAUGACGAAGAGAAAAUCGCUGAAGAAAACACAAAGAAACAAACACACAAUGAGGAAAGACAUUUGGCACCCAAAUCAGAGACCAAAGCAUCUGAAGAUUUAGAAAGAGAAAGUACGAUACAGAGAAAGAAAGAAAAAGAUGACACGGUAAAUGAAGGUAGUCCAACAAAAAGGGUAUUUGGACCUAUGAGGCCACCAGAGAAUUACGUUAUUCCUGAAAAUUAUUUCGAUCAAGAAACAGACAGAGAUUUACCAGAAAUUGAGGAGACGGAUGCGUUAUAGGUACGGUCACGAGCAUUAAUAUGUAUACACUUUGGUACCAUGUCACAUUAACUUUUUUGACAAAUUGAACUGUAAGUCUCACUAAAUGUCAAAUAUGUUAGUGCGACAGAGUCCUAAAGUGGGUACAUUAUUGCUCAUGACUGUACUUCUAAGUAUUAAGUGUAAGUCAGUGAGUAUACAGGGUGUAAGUGACAUCGUAACGAAUACUGAGGGGGAUGAUUCAGACCAUGGUUCUGAGUUGAUAUCACGUGCAGUUUUCCGUCGCAAAAUUCUUUUAAUUUAUUGAUUUUUUUAAAUUUAUUUUAACUUUGGCCAUGGAAAAUUUCACUUGAUAUUAACCCGAGUUCAUUAUUCUGAAAUUAUCAGCUGAAUCAUCCCCCUCAGUAUUAGUUACGAUGUCACUUAUACCCCGUACAAGUACGUAUGAGUGUUAGUGACACCGUAACCAAUACUGAGGGGAAUGAUUCAAAUCAUGAUUUUGAGUUGAUAUUUUUAUUACAGGUGGAAUUUUCAUGAAAAUUUUAGUUUCUUUUUUAUUAUUUUCAGUUCUACACUUUUGCGCCAGGAAAUUCCACUUGAUAUCAACUCAUAAUCAUGGUCUGAAACAUCCCUCAAAGUUUUCGUUACGAUGUCACUAACACCCUGUAUAGUAUUUAUCAAUAAAUAAGCGUAGUUAUUGUCGCA